AUGUGUAAUGUAACAUAUACUUCUUCUUCUUGUGUGCGUGUCCAAACUGCACAUAUAAAUUUAGAACUAAGUACUGAUAUGAGCCGGGAAAAAGUUGAAACUAUAAACGACGACUUGUACACAAAGGAAGCAAGGGAAAGUGAACGAAAUGAAAGCGUCUAUUUUGAGAAAGUAAGAAAGAAUGAAUACAUUUGUGUAGAAAUUCCAGGGAGAGUAAAAAAGGGAAGUAGUGGAUUGUCUGCAGUUGAAAGCUUAGGAGGAGUAAAAAAAAUGACAGAACUAUUCAAUUUUCAUUACAAUGGAUACAGAACUAAUGAAAAUUUAAUUUUAACAGUAAAUAGUAAUGAUAUGUUUUCAUCAUUUAUAUCAGCUAAUUCAGCAAAAGUGUAUAAUGUGUUAAUUAAAAUUAAAAAAACAAGGAAAAAUGUAUACAAAUUUGAAUUUCUCGGCUUUGUUCGAUAUCUGUACUAUUUUGACAAUAUGAUCGAUUUUUACUACAUCCCCACAUUUUACAAUAGGCACGAUUACGACAUCAAUUAUAUGCAGUAUUUAACUAGAGGAAGUCAAGAAAAGAAAAGGAAAAAAAAAAAAAAAAAAAAAAAAAAAGAGCAAAAAGGGGAAGAAAGAGUGAGAAAAAAAGGCAACACUUGUGACAUUGUAGAAAAUAUUAACCAAAAUGGUAGUAAAGAUCUAAUCAUUCUUAAAAUCAAUGAAAACAUACAUAACCAGGCAUCAUAUGUUCAAAAUAAAGGAGCAUUAACCGAUAUUACAAUAAACCAAUUUCAUCCUCAUCAAAAUGGUGACAAAGAAAAUAUGUCCCAUAUGAACGAUUUUUUAAGUCGUAAAAGUUGCAGCAUGAAUAAUAUGACAGAUAUGUGCAUGCAUAACUCUAAUACGCAGUAUGUGAAUUUGAUGAAUCCUAAUAUGAACCCAUAUGAACAAUCCAUUUUUAACCGAAAUUAUUACCCUCAAAAUAUAGCUACCUACGAACAUAGAUAUUCCACAAAUAUGAACAAUAUUAUUAAUAGGGAUCAUAAUAAAGACACGAAUUCCUUCUUGAAGAAAUAUUGGAGUAAUACAAAUAAUUUAAAUUUCUAUGCCCUUAAUUCGAAUACAGGAAUUGCAUAUGUAGGCGGGAAAUCGAGAGAUAAUAUCUACGCAAUUGCUCCUGAAGAAAGAAUAGAAAAUAGACAAAAGGUCUCCACCACAGACAUGCAAAUUUAUGAAAUGAAUCCCAAUAGGAGGAAUUACAAUGGUAGCGCUUUUCCAAAUGGUAGUAGAAAUGGUAGCCCAUGUGGAAGCCAAAGUUUAAGUCCACACAAGAGCCGGCGAGUCAGCAGGGACUCGAGCCACAAUGUGAAGGGAAAAGAAGCUCGAAGGAAUCGAAGAACCGUUAGCGAAAGUGUAAGAAAAAUAAUAGGAGAAAAUGUGAAAAUGAACAAUGCCUGUAUUGGUAGAGCAAAUAUAAGGGGAAAAUCAAGUGUGGCACAUAUAAGUACCGAACCAUACUUUGCAAAUAUGGAAUCAUUCCUCUUUCAAAACUGCCGAGAUAACUACAUGGUGCAAACCGAUAAUCAGGAAGAUGAUUAUUAUUUUACUGAUACAGAUGAAAAUGAAAUAUAUAAAAAAAUAAUAGAUUCUAAUAAGUACACUACACUAUUUGAUAAAGUGAAAGAAUGUGAAUAUUCUUCAGAUGAAAGUGAAGGAUAUGAAUUAAAUUGUUGUAUUCAUAGCAAAUGUACAAAUCCUUAUUUUUACAGAAAUUAUGAAUCUAAGACAACCAGCAAGUAUCUUAGGGAAUACAAAUAUUUAAUAAGUAAAUAUACUUCACCUCUUUAUUCACAAGUUGAAGCCAGUGCAGGUGAAAUGGAAGAAUUCAUUCAAGAGUUAAUCAUGAGCAAAACUGAAAAAGGUCAAUCAGCUAGUGCCACACAAAAGAGCACAGCCAAAUUUUCCCAAAGUAGACAUGACAUGUAUGAAGAAGAAAUGCUCAACACUCAAGAAUUGCAUAAGAACAUGGAUUCACAUUCCCAUAACGAAGAUGUGAAAGACGCUUAUAAAAAUAUCCUUGAUAGAGAGACUUUUUCUGCUGCAGGUGGCAGAAGCGUGGGAGAGCAUCCUCAUAAACAUAAUGUUCAAGCUUUGCGUGACAGUAAAAUAUUUUCUCCCGCGUACAAUGAUGAAGAAGAGUUACUUAUACGUCCGUCGGCCCUCAGUAGUAACCUGCAGGGUGAAAAAGAAACAGAUGAAUCAAGAAGCGUAAGUCGAAUUAUGAACUUAUCAGACAAACCUAGUAACCAAAUUAUAGUAAUAAAAAAAACAGUCCACUGUAAUCCGAUAGCCAAAUUUGAUGAUCCUACCCUCCCAUGUGUACCUUUCGAUUCUGCAUUAAAAAAAUACGUUUCUGACAAGUUAUAUAAAAAGGUAAAAGAACUCUUUGAAGUUAGACCUAUAUGGACAAAGGAAGUUAUAUUGGAACAUCUUGAAAAUGUGAGCACCUACUGUCUCAAAAGUUGUUUUUCACGAAUUUGCUUUUACUUCGCUGACGGGCCAUGGAGACGUACAUAUUGUAAGUAUGGAUAUGACCCUCGGAAAGACCCAUCCAGUUAUAUUUACCAAACUAUAGAUUUUAGGGAUAAUUAUUUUAAAGAAAUUAAGACAAAAAGUGCAAAUGAAAUCAGCAGAAUUAUUGUUAAAAAAAAAAAUUUCAUCGAUAAUGUAGUUACAAAAAUAAUCAAAAAUCUGCACAACAUUAGGAAAAAAAAAACACAUACAAAAGGUAAAAAAAUAAAUGCUUCUCAAAGGGAGAUUAAUAUUGUAGAUAAAAAGCAAGAAAUUAAAAUGGAAAAAAAUGAUAAAAGAGAUUUUAAUGUAUAUUCCGAAUGGUCACAAAAUGUUUUUGAAAAUUAUGACAAUUAUGAUGAUACUCAAAAAUGGGACAAAUCAGUUCACAAUACAUCAACUGAUAGUGAAUAUCCAAAAGACAUAAAUGAUCUUAAAAAUAUGUUCGACAUAUAUUCAAGUGUUGAUUCUCCAGUUGAUGAAAUCACCCCACAAAUGAAUGAAGAAAUUAAUGAUAUAUUUCAGUUUUUAAAAAAAUCAAUUACUUUUCAUCUUAGAAAAAGUUUCUCUGCCGAAACACAUUUUUCUAUAACACCCCUAAAACUGUCAACCGUAUAUCAGUAUAUAGACAUAUAUGACAACAAUGUCUCAGAUCAUUUAUUAAAUUUGAAGACGCAGGAAAUAUGUACAAAGGAAUACGGAUGGAUGGAAUGUGAGGAUAUAGCUAAAAUUAGAGAUAUUUUGUCUGUCAGAGCGGUAACACUGAGGAGGGCCCACAUUAAGUGA